AUGCACCCGCACGGCGAUAGCUCACCCUUCGACAGCCCUACCUUUGGCCGCGAUGCGUCCAUCCGCGUCGACGAGCCCGUCGGCUCCGCGUCCAUUUCGCCCAGCAGCCGCGACAUCGUGCUCGCGUCGCGGGAGGGCCUGCACAUCAUAGAUCUUGACAAUCCCUACUCGCCGCCCCGCCAUCUCGCCCAUCGCACCCUGUGGGAGGUCGCCGACGUGCAAUGGUCUCCCUUCGCCAGCCACGACGGCCUGGUCGCCAGCACAUCGAACCAGAAAGCCUUGAUCUGGGACCUGAACCAUGCCAACCACCCGCCGCUCACCCUUCAUGCUCAUUCGCGUGCCAUCACCGAUAUCAAUCUCUCCGCACACCAUCCAGACAUCCUCGCGACCUGUGCCGUCGAUACCUUUGUGCAUAAGUGGGACCUGCGCACUCCAGACAGGCCUGUUUUUUCGUACGCGCAAUGGGACGGAGGCGCUGCGCAGGUCAAGUGGAACAGGCAGGAUCCUCAUAUUCUGGCCUCGGCCCAUGACAAGUUGCUCUGCAUCUGGGAUGAGCGCAAGGGUGUGGAGCCUCUUCGCACGAUUGAAGCUCAUAGGAGUAAGAUUUACGGCGUGGAUUGGAACCGCAUGCGCCAGGGCGGGGUUUUGACGUGCUCGCUGGAUGGCUCCAUCAAGUUCUGGGAUUACACUCGCGACGAAGAUGAGAUGCUGGAGCGCGUCAUCAGGACGCCCUUUGGCGUAUGGCGAGCACGGCACACGCCUUUCGGAUGGGGUGCGCUCGCCAUGCCUCAACGAGGUGAUUUUGAUUUGCAUCUCUACGACAGGCGGCUGCGUGACGGUGUCAAGCGGGAUGCUAAAGUGCCGCCAGUCCACACUUUCAAAGGUCACAAUGGCCAAGUCAAAGAAUUCCUUUGGAGAACGCGCGGCGAUGUUACGGAUGAUGGCUACGAUCAACGUGAAUUUCAACUUGUAUCGUGGGGCAGUGACCGCCAGCUGAAUCUGUAUCGCAUCGACUCGUCUAUCCUUGGCUCCGUCGGAUACAAAAAGGGUGAGCAUACGCGCAAGAAGCUAUUCAUGACGCGGCAAGGUGCUCUAUACAAGACUUUUCAUGACGAAGCUCCCGUCUUAUCCCCAAAAACGAAGGUGGCCGACCAGCAGCAGGCACAUCCUUUUACUGCACCUAGCCAACUGAGUGCUCUCUUCCAGUCUGCCGGCAUGAGUAAACCUAGCCUACCUUAUGCUCAAACUGCGUUCCAAGGGCCUGGUGCCAGCGCACGGGAUCGCGGUCUAACGUCGAUGCAAGCUCGCGGGCUGACGACUAUGCAAGCUCGCACCCGCGAAAAGAAGACCGUCGACAAGCUCACUUGGAUGCAGGGAGUCAAGAUUGGUGGACGCGAUGGCCAAUUCAACCGGCACGGUUCCAGACCAGAUGUGUUGUCACCAGACCAGCAGCUGCUAUGGGAUUCGCCCGAGAGCCUCGGGGACGAAAUCACGCAUGUGGGCAGCAAGUUCAAGAAAGUCAAAUUUGAAGAGGUUGAAAUACCUCGCCGGACAGCAACUGUCACGCUAAACGGUCCUUGGGGCGAGAAUGAGGCUCCAGUCUUCAUGAGAAUCAGCAUACGUUUCCCACCCGAUUACCCUGUUUCAGCAACUCCUCACUGUAGCAUCGAGAAAACGACUUCAUACAUCUCAGAGUCUACAAUCUCGAAACUGGACAGCGAGAUCAAGGCGCUCGCCGAAGUGUAUAAGAACCGCAAGAGAGGUUCUUUGGACGCCAUCAUCAGCUACCUUCUCGGAGAACGGGGCCUCGAGGAGAGCAUCAGCUGGCUUUCGGAUGGUGCUCUCACUGAUAGUGGUGUCACGCAGGAUGAAGAGAGCUCGAGUGACGAAGAAGACGAAGUGGGUGCAGAUUUUGCAACCCCCGCCAUGGAGAUGAGCGGUACGGACAUUCUCGGGCCCCUCAAUGCAAACGCCAACGUUCCUCUCCCACGGCAAUGUGGUGCCGUCUGGUCAAGAGACGGUCGUCUCGUCACCUUCUUCCCACCCAAGCCUGAACCAAAGCCUAUGUUCUCGAACCUCGAGGCUCUGAGGAACGACAGUCGCACGUAUAAGAGCAAGAGGAUAUUCGAGAUGCUGGGUCAAUUGAACAAAGAAUCACCGGACCCUGGCAGGAAAUCCUCUUCGGCCGUAGACAAUCCAGAUGACAGCGAUUCCCAGGGUUCGUGGGAAACUUCAUCCAGCUCUUCUUCGGGCUCGCCUGUACGGGGAGGCCUCUCCGGAAUAGCACCACCAGUCGCAUGGCGAGGUGGGCCGUUGAAGUUCCAGCGGUCUUCGCAACACUCUAGCGCUGGCUACGAAGUGAAACCUAUUGCUCCUAAGCCUAAGUCCAUCAUCACCAUACGCAAUCUGGAAGAUCUGCUUCCUGCAAAGAGGGAACUCGCCGAAAGAUAUGAAAUCUUUGGUGAAGCCUCCGACGUUUGUUCGCACAACGCUGCGGUGGCGACAGACUGCGGCUACUCUGAGCUGGCCGAUAUCUGGAAUCUAGUCGGACUAAUCCUUGCGGACCAGGUUCCGCUAGAAGUCAUGCAGCAGAGCUACCGUCGCGAGCCAAUUCUAGUAGUGGCGAAAAGAACAGCGGUCCAGAUUCGCAAGAAAGACAGUGGCCUUGACCUCAGUUUUGAUGAGCCCGAAGCUAUUGCCAAACCAAAACUGAAGAGUCGUGUCAAGUGGGGCUAUCAUCCGUUUGGCAGGGUGUUAGUGGAACGGCUUUUUGAGCACUUUGAGAAGCUUGCGGACAGCCAGAUGUUAGCGAUGCUCUCAUGCAUGUUUCACGAGCCAGCCGCGAGCGAGGGGGUUACCACGGGAAUGAUGAUGCGCAAUCCCCACGCGGACUUACAUCUCUCCAUGAGAACCCCUGCUUUUUCUUUGGAUUACUUCCCGUCCAGAGAGGUCGCUGCGAGCCUGUUCAAACCACAGUUCUCCAUUACGGAUCAGUACGACAAAAACCACUUCCAUCCACACAUCGGACAUGAUGGGGGACUGUCCAAGUACGACAAGCGAUUAAAUACUUUUGGUUCUGCAGGGUCUUCAAAUGGCCCAUGGAGCGGCGAUUUACCCAGCGGGCCGACGACUCCCUACUCAACCGGCAACACGCCACCUCCCACGUUCUCUCGUUCCACCACAUUUCGCUCUGCAUCCAGCGCUUAUGCAAGCAUGGCGUCAUCUCCCGAGCGCAGCAAGCGUAGUAGCACACCUUUCACUAGUGCCUUAACAUCCUUUUCACGACCUUUUCAAACUGCAAAUAAUUCGCCUCCAGCUCGUCAGCGGACUCGAACGUUUGAUGGAGACCUCUCCACAUCUGCACCAGAAAAGAGCAGCGUGACUUGGGGUCCCAAUACGAUAUAUGGAGGCGCCUCCACCGGCUCCAACUCUUCGUCUGUAAACCGCUCCAACAGCCACAAACGUAACCGCGCGACAUCACAGACGGUAAAUGAACCACAACAGCAACAGCGUUUUGUUUCAUUCGAUAGCAUUGAUGAGCUCGGCACCGAUGAACCCGAUUUCGACGAUGAUGAAGACUUCUAUCCUAACUUCGAAGAUGAUAAAACGGAUAUCGCACCCAUCGACCGCAACCCAGGCGGUAGUGUGAUUCAAGUUACGCUUAAAAAUCAGGACCAGUUCGACGAUGAUGGCUAUCUGUCAGUACCGUUGCUAAAUCAAGAACUUGGUUGGAUGUACGCUGCUUACCGUGCAAACUACGCCAACAACGAACUGGCUGGAUGGGGUCUGCAAAUCAAGCGAAGCGAAGUCUUGAAAUAUAAUGGCCUCACGAGCUAUUGGAUCAAAGAUGAGGUCGAAGAAGCGCGUGAGGAGGAUCUGGCUGUGGGCCGUAGCCAGGAGAGUAUCGUCGCAAGGUCAUCAACCAUCGUCCCCGACGACCUCGUCCUCUGCCCUUUGCCACUGCCGCCGCUCUCCGACCCCCCAACCACCAGCACGACCGCCCGCAGCUCUGUCACCCACACCCGCGCCCACACUCCGGAUCCUUCCCAUCUCCUCCAGCUGGCGGCCUCCGCCGGCACAAACAACCACACCAGCAGCAACGCCGCGAGCCAGCAACAGCAUACCGCCGCGGCCAACUCCCACCACUACCACCUCCACAACCCCUUCUUCACCUACCACUCCCACACCCCCUACGCCACCCACCCCACCACGACGCCCCUCCCCACGCGCCCGCCCUCCAUCAAGUCCGGCUCAACCGACUCGCCGCCGAACGAGAAGGCGACGACGAACGAGCACGACGGCGCUUUCGGCGGCGGGUGGCUACCAUCAGCCACGACAACGACAACAACGGCCACGGCUUUUGGCGCGGGCGGCGCCAACGGUGUUGGCCACGGUGCCGCCGGCAACAGCAGCGCCGGCAUCAGCAGGGUGCGGACGUGCAUGGUGUGCUGGCUCCAGCUCGACGGCUUGUACCGCACGUGCGCUGAGUGCGGGCAUGCGGUGCACGCCGAGUGCGGCGGCGAGCCGGCCGCCAGCGGGUUGCUGGACGGGCAUGGAGAGGCUGGCGUGGUGUGUUGGUAUUGCGGGGGGUGA